AUGGAGCUUGAAGAAAAAGAGUUCGAAUUGACAAAAGUAUAUGAGGAUGUGGUUGAGUUGUUCUAUCCUGUUGGUCUGAAAAUGGAAGUGGAUGUGAUAUUCGAUCUCCAAGUCAUCAAAUUUUCUCAAGUCAAAGGGGAUGAAGGUAGGCUUAAACAAAUAUUGUUGAACAUACUCAGCAAUGCUAUGAAAUUUAGUUUAGAGGGUAAUGUAACUAAAGUGAUGGAUGAAGUCCAUCACCAUCACCAUGAUGAUCCUAAUUCCAUGGAAUUCGUAUUUGAAGUAAAUGAUACUGGAAAGGGUAUUCCCAAAGCGAAACAAGCAUCUAUCUUUGAAAACUACGUUCAGGUCAAAGAAAUGGAAAAUGAAACAACUCCUGAGAUUGAAGGCACUGGCUUAGGCCUUGGAAUUGUCCAGUCUCUAGUACAAUUGAUGCGCGGGGAGAUAAGUAUAGUUGACAAGGAAGUGGGAGAAAAAGGAACAUGCUUCAAGUUCAAUGUUGUGUUUAAGGUUUACAUAUUUGAUCUUAGUGAAGAUUACAAGGCUAUGAAAAUCUAUUCUCCUAAACAAGGCUACAAUUCUUCUAUAGUUGUACUCUUCAUUAGCAGAGAUGAAAGGGUUAAGAUGGCACAAAAUUUUAUAAAGGCGUAA